GAAAGCAUUGGAAGAGUUGCUGGGCGUCGCGGUUCUCGCAGGGCUUGGAACGUCAGAGGCCUUGGCGGCCUGCUCGAACGCCUUCGAGCCCGAAGCUGCGGAAAUGCCCGACUUUGGUCCACCAGAUGAGGAUGUUUGCAGUGCUGUGGAAUCGAGCACGGCACCGUCUUCCGAGUCUCGGAAGGCUCCUACCGGCCACGCAAAUGUGGGUGGCGAGUCCUUGGUACCUCUGGGGGACAUGCAGGCAUCGCAGGUGUUGGCUGCGCCAGGGGGCUCCACAAGCAAAGCUGACGUUGUGGCUUUCGACGAGCUCUUUCAGAAGUUCUGCGGUGCAGGUGGCUCGAAUCAGUUCGCCUACUUCGAGGAGUGUUGGUCCAAGCCGGGCCGUGGCAAAGGUGGCAAGGCCAGCAGUGCUUUAGCCGACGCACACGAGGGGACCCUUGCAGCAGUGCCCGAAAAGGAGGGCAGAGAGGCCAAGGAGAAGCAGCCAAAGAGGCCUCUCUUUGAUCUGGCCAACUUGGAUAAGCCACCGAAGCCCAUUGAGACAGAGCCCGUCGCGAAGCAUCAGCUCAAUGAAAGAGCCACACAGUGGCAGCUGCGGAAGGACGUGCCUCCGUACAUGAUCGAUCGAAUCACCAUGCCAAGUUGGCAGACCUGGUCCAAGGUGGAUUUUGCGUGCUUGGGCCUGCGUCCUCAUCUCAUGCUGAAGCUGGUCAAGAAGCCACCUCCUUCGGGCGAGGGCCCACACGGCUUCUCCGACCUCUUCUCAACCGUGGUCGUGGAGAAUACGGAGGCCUUCCCAUGGCUCGCAUCAUCGAAGCCACGCAGGGCAGAUGAUGGCGAGGAGGGAUUUACAGCUGACGCAGCGGCGGAGGAUGCCGCGGACGACUUCGAUGGCAGUGGCCUUCCUGCGCAUCUGGAUGUCGAUCCCCAGGAGCUUUUCCUGGGGCCCAACGACAAGGUGCUGCCUGGCGGUGAUGGUGACAACCUGGGUGAUGUUGGUAUGGAAGACGUGGCCGGCUCCUUCAUGGACGGCGGAUUGGAUUUCGAGCUAGCAGAGAAGCCUACCUCUGCCGAGAGCAUUGACAUUGCCUACAGUCGAAACUCCAAGUUCGUCGACGUAAAGCUGGUCAAGAAGCAUCUGUGGGGCUGCCUGGAAAAGGACAUAUGCGGGCUGAAGAAGGGAAAGACGGAUGCCGAGCGCCUGGCUAACGACAGCUUUCAGGACCUUAUCUCCAGAACGGUCCUGCGGCAAGCAUGA